UGGCAGGUGGCAGAGCUGAGGGGGCGGGGCAGAGCCCCAGGCGCUCGGCGGGGGGUGAAUAAUUCGCGUCCGUUUCUGCCGUAACGUUCUGCAGGUGAUGAAAACAUGGCAGCCAUUAAUGUUGGAAGGGAACAAGUCACUAGAGACCCAGAUCGCUGUGACAUCCCUUACUAUGUAGCUGAAUUUGUUGAAAGAGAAGUUGGAACUGACCUUAAUUGUCUAAGGAAACUUGGCAAACUUAUAGAGGAGCUAUCAGAAAAUAAAAAGCAAUUAGAGGAACAGGUACUUACAGUUUCAUCAGAAGUCCCCAAAAGAAUUCAGAAUGCCUUAAAGAGUGCAGAGGAUUCUAAGAAGUCUCUUAGUCAGCUCCUGGAGGAAGAAACUGUUUUAUUUGAUUCAAUUAAUAGCCACCUAUUGACAGCCCAGCCAUGGAUGGAGGAUCUUGGUGUACUGAUUAGUCAAAUAGAAGAGGUUGAACGACACCUUGCUUAUCUAAAAUGGAUUUCACAAAUAGAAGAGUUAAGUGAUAAUAUUCAGCAGUAUCUCAUGACCAACAAUGUGCCAGAGGCAGCUACUACUCUGGCAUCCAUGGCAGAAUUGGAUAUUAAGCUUCAGGAGUCGUCUUGUUCUCAUCUUCUUACUUUUGUGAGGUCUACUGUUAAGUUCUGGCAUAAAAUUCUUAAGGACAAACUGUCAAGCGAUUUUGAGGAAAUAUUAACUCACCUUCAUUGGCCAUUUGUUGGGCCACCACAGUCUCAGGUUUUUGGCCUUGCUGCACCGGCUAAUGUUCCAGAAAUAUAUAAUAAUUUGGAGACUCUGUUUUCUCAGCUUCUGAAAUUGCAAACAUCAGAUGAAUUACUAACUAAACCAAAACAACUGCCAGAGAAGUAUUCUCUGCCUCCAUCACCACCUAUUAUCCUUCCAAUGCAAAUCAUGCUGAACUCUCUUCAGAAAAGAUUCAAGUAUCAUUUUACUGGGAAUAGACAAACUAAUAUUUUAAGCAAGCCUGAGUGGUACCUAACCCAGGCACUCAUGUGGAUUGGAAAUCACGCAAAAUUCCUUGAUGAUAAAAUCCAGCCAAUAUUGGACAAGGCAGGCUCUUCAGUCAAUGCAAGGCUUGAAUUUUCCCGUGCUCUAGUAAUGCUGAUUUUGGAGAAGUUGGCUGCUGAUAUCCCUUGCCUAUUGUAUGACGAUAAUCUCUUUUGUCAUCUCGUGGAUGAGGUGCUUCUAUUUGAAAGAGAGCUAUACGCUACUCAUGGAUAUCUCAGCAGCUUUCCCAGUUGCAUGCAUAUUCUGUCAGAAGAAACCUGUUUUCAAAGGUGGCUAACUGUGGAAAGAAAAUUUGCUCUUCAAAAGAUGGACUCUAUACUUUCAUCUGAAGCUGCCUGGGUAUCGCAAUAUAAAGAUAUCACUGAUGUAGAUGAAAUGAAAGUCCCAGACUGUGCUGAAACUUUUACGACUCUGUUACAGGUUAUCACAGACAGGUAUAAGAAUCUUCCUACAGCAUCUAGAAAACUACAGUUCUUGGAGUUACAAAAAGACUUAGUUGAUGACUUCAGAAUCCGGUUAACUCAAGUUAUGAAGGAAGAGACUAGAGCUUCUUUAGCCUUCCGUUAUUGUGCCAUUCUUAAUGCUGUUAACUAUAUAGCAACAGUAUUAGCAGACUGGGCUGACAAUGUUUUCUUCUUGGAGCUUCAGCAGGCUGCGCUGGAGGUUUGUGCAGACAGUAAUGCUCUCAGUAAGCUACAGCUAGGACAGUUAGCUUGUAUGGAAAGCUCUGUCUUUGAUGACAUGAUUAACCUCCUAGAACGCCUAAAACAUGAUAUGUUGACCCGCCAAGUAGACCAUGUCUUCCGGGAGGUCAAAGAUGCUGCAAAACUGUACAAAAAAGAGAGGUGGUUAUCUUUGCCAUCCCAGGCAGAGCAGGCAGUAAUGUCCUUAUCCAGUACAGCUUGCCCACUGUUGUUGACAUUAAGAGAUCGUUUGCUGCAGUUAGAACAGCAGCUCUGUUACUCGCUGUUUAAAAUCUUCUGGCAAAUGCUUGCAGAGAAAGUGGAUAUGUUCAUCUAUCAAGAGGUAAUUCUGGCUAAUCACUUCAAUGAAGGAGGAGCAGCACAACUUCAGUUUGAUAUGACUAGGAAUCUUUUCCCUUUAUUUUCCCACUAUUGCAAAAGGCCAGAAAAUUAUUUCAAACACAUAAAAGAAGCCUGCAUUAUCUUGAAUCUAAAUGUUGGCUCUGCCCUCCUUUUGAAAGAUGCACUGCAUUCAGCCUCAGAAAAUGGAACUAUCUUGGAUCCAAACCAGCCCUCUGCCACAGCAGUGUUAAAUGAACUUGGAGUUUACAAAUUAGCUCAACAGGAUGUUGAGAUUUUACUUAAUUUGAGAACAAACUGGCCUAAUAUAGGAAAAUAAGUAAAGAUCUUCAAGGAAAAUGGUUAGAAGUAAAAUAUCUGUUCUAGGUUAUUUAUCUGAAUAAAGGUGAAGUCAAGCUA